CUGAUUCGACUCAGGAGCGAAAAUUUUGCAGCGGUCGGGCGGCUCAAAGCUACAGACCUUAUUGUAAUAUUUUACUUUACAUACACACAUUCUUCCUGCCGUUUUCACGCCCGCGGUCGAUCGAGCGCCACCGUUUCUGACGAGUAUCGGCGUCUUUCUCCAAUGCGGAGGUGACAUCUGGCUGCUCCACACCUGACUUCAUUCAAUGUGUUACACCAAUUAGCAUUGUUUUGGUUCGAAAACCGUAUCACAUUAAAUACGCCCGACUUUGAGUCAGACGCAGCUGGACACACUCGUAUAAACCUGCAGGUUAACGGCGACGAGCUGGCGCAGGUCGUGGGUUGUCCGUGGAUAAUGCGAGACAGUGGCGGUAGCCUUGCCCAGAACUGCUGGCAGGGAGACCUGGGUCUGACAGCUGUGGGACAGGACGACACAGGGGGAGGUGGGAUUGCCGGAGACCACCUCAUAGUUCCAGUGUCGGGUCAUAGUGUACCCAGACCCAUGCACCUAAGACUGGGGCAGAAAGAGAAAGUGUGGACAAGUGAGUAUGUCGACGAGGAGGAUGAAGAUGCAAUGGAUGGGAUUGUGGCAAUAGGUGAUGAAGAAGAAAACAAUGUGGAUGGGGAGGAUAAAGCUGGAUUCGAGGGGAAGGAUUGGGAUUACAAUGAGGAGGAGGUGGAGGAGGAUGACGAUGAAGACGGAGACGAUGAAGAGGAGGACGAGUUGGAAGAGGAAGGAGACCAAGCGGAGGCGGGAUGGGAACACCCUGUCUUUCCCUUCCACUCCUCCCAGCACUCUAACUCUCAAACUCAGCAUUGUGCACCACAGCAGGAGGCGGAGGACGGUGGUGUAGUCACUGCAGAGGAUUCUCUCUCUCAGGCUGAGGAAGGAGAACUGUUGAGGUCUCACCUUAGCAGGUACAGGGCUCAGAGGAGGUUCAGGCGCUGGCAGCGUCUGCGAUCCCAUGGAGGUCUUCGAUUUCGACUCACUCAGCACUGGAGGAGCUGGCGCCAGCAUGCCCAGAGGGUGGGCUUCUCGGGACACCGGUGGGGUCGGAGAGUACGAAGAUAUGAUUUAUACGGCAAGCAGAGGAAAAUAAAAAGAUAUCAACGAUCACCAUACACAGAUGGCGGGGAUGACAGCAGCCAUGAGAGGUUCACAGAGUCUGACAGAGAUAAGCAGUUUAAUGGCUGCUCUCCAAACAAAGUAGAGGACAGAGGGAGACGGGAAGUGGAGGUGAAACCAGUGGAACUGGCCCUUACUGAAGAACACAUGAGCUGUGUGACUGGUAUUCUUGAGGAGUCUCUAAAACAGUAUGGCAGUUUGAUCCCUAUUCAUGUGGACGACAUCGUGGAGAAGCUUCAGGACAUCUUCAGCGAGAGUUUCUCACAGCCACACAGGAAAGCAAUGGUGCAGCACCUAAUACAAUCCUUCCAGCGGUCAUCAGGUUCAGCCUUGGCUAAAACAUUCAGAGUCAACUAUAAACGCCAUGUUCUCUCCAUGGAUGACCUGGGAACUCUGUAUGGACAGAACUGGCUCAACGAUCAGAUAAUGAACAUGUAUGGUGACCUGGUUAUGGAUUCUGUGCCAGAGAAGGUUCACUUUUUCAACAGCUUCUUUUACGAUAAGCUACGGACUAAAGGUUAUGAAGGAGUCAAACGGUGGACAAAAAAUGUCGACAUCUUCCAGAAGGAUCUGUUGUUUAUCCCCAUCCAUCUAGAGGUCCACUGGUCACUGGUCAGCGUUGACAUUCCUCGUCGAGCCAUCACUUAUUUUGACUCUCAGCGGACCCUCAACAGACGCUGCCCAAAGCACAUUUUUAAGUAUCUGCAAGCAGAGGCCAUCAAAAAAGACCAACAAGACUUUUUGACGGGAUGGAAAGGCUUUUUUAAAAUGAAUGUGGGUCGUCAGAACAAUGACAGCGACUGUGGAGCUUUUGUGCUACAGUACUGCAAGUGUCUGGCACUAGGGCAGCCAUUCAGCUUCGGCCAGCAGGACAUGCCCCGGCUGAGGAGACAAAUGUACAAAGAACUCUGUCACUGCAAACUCAUCCUGUGACCUAGCACCCCAACACGUUCCACACCUUCAACCUGCUCCCACCCCUGACCCACACAAGAUGGGAGGGACAAUGAUCUCUAAUGAGAAGAGGGCAAGGGGAGCAAAUUACUGAGUGGAAACAAACUUUUCAAAAACUUUUUUUUUUCUCUGCCAAUAUCCAGAGAAAUAACUCCUACUGUAGGCGAAGUCAUUGUCAUACUUUUUUUUCCUUCUCUGUUCCUCUCUCCUUCACUCUUUGAAAACUCUGAUUUACUGCCCACCAUGGUUAUUCCUAUGUGGUUGACAGAGGCCAAGACUAGCUUCCAUUUUGGAAAUGUGCUAAUCAUCCAUCCUUUUUUAGGUCUGUGAUUUUCAAGUGGCAGCAUAGAAAAAUAUAAUUGAGGCUACUUAAGUAUUUACAACAGUCCAACAUGACUAUGACUUAAACGUAAGAUGUCUGAGUACUGAGAGCAGAGGUUGUAUUAGCAGACAGCAGUGAUUUGGACCAGCCUGUCAGCUUGUUGUGACAUUUCCACACCUCUCAUCCAUCCAGUUGUGUUCCAUUGCUAAUGUCCAGUGUCAGUCAGAUAAUGUUUGCCAGUAGUGCAGCGUCAUAUUUCUGAUUCCAUUCAUUUCCCAGCAAGCUGACGAGAUGGAUUUAAACCAGUAACGAUGAGCUACUCUGAUAUUUUUUUUCUGAGGGAAAUUGCAAUUUAACAACAGAACGAACAACCAUGGAACACCAGAAACUUCCUCCGCCUUCCUCCAUCACUCCUCUCCCAGUCACACAAAUGGAACAUCCUUGUGAGAGAGACUGGAUCUGCGUCUGUCGAUCACACCUCCCCCCUCAAAACAAGCCACAGUGACACUGGCCUGAAAAUGGGAGGGGGUCUUUACACAACAUUUAUCUUUUUUUCAAUGUUUUAUCUUUGUCAGUAAACGUAUUGAUAUGCUUAUUGCUUUAAAGAAAUGGUGUUAAAAGGAGGACUACUAAUUUGUGUUGCUUUCAGUGUAGGUACAAGACGAGGUCCUCUGGCUAGUGUCUUUGAAAGUUUGUGAGCCAUUUUGUUGUGGACUAUAACAGCGACACAAUUGAUGAAGCAUGUCCACAGUCGAGUGACAGUACCCUCCUCUUCUUUUUACAACGGACAACAAAUUUGUUGAUAGCUGUGUUUUUAUUUUUUUUGUUUUGUCUUUUUCAAACCGGAGUUAAAGCAACAGAGUUGACAGUUUUAUAUAUCUUCUACAAUGCGUUAUGGUCGCUAAAAAUAAAAACACAUGGCAAACAA